UGGAGCUCCAGCAUUUGGUUUGGCUUUGGGAUAUUUGACAACCUUUUGUCAGUUCGGAAACUUGGACUCAAUCUCUUUCUGUUUCUCUUUUCUUGCUGAAUUUUUUUUCAUGGUUAUGUGCGGAUUUACCAUGGAGAAUUAAAAUGGUGAGGAAGAAAAAGCUGCUGGUGUUUGAAAUUUGUGGAAGCAUGAUGUGGGAUGGAUAAACAACAACACAACUCUAGUAUGGCCUCUAAUGACCCUGACCUUCCUGUCCCCUCUGGUGACCCCCAGCCUGGUGACCUGAUUGAGAUCUUCAGACCAGCCUAUCAGCACUGGGCUCUCUACCUGGGAGAUGGUUACAUCAUCAACUUAACUCCCGUCGAUGAGAGCCAGGCAGCCGCCAUGUCCAGUGUGAAGUCCGUCUUCAGCCGGAAGGCAGUGGUGCGCAUGCAGCUGCUGAAAGAGGUGGUGGGAAGCGACUCGUACCGUGUCAACAACAAGUACGACCACAACCACACACCCCUGCCCGUCUGUGAAAUCAUCCAGCGAGCACAAGUCCUCAUCGGCCAGGAGGUGUCUUACGACCUGCUGGGGAGCAACUGCGAGCACUUUGUUACCCUUCUGCGCUACGGGGAGGGGGUGUCCGAGCAGGCUACACGGGCCAUUGGGGCCAUCAGUCUGGUGACAGCAGCGGCCAGUGCCUUCUCUGUCCUUGGACUGAUCAACACACGAUCUAGAAACAGGCCUUUCUGACAGCUAUGUUCUUCACUGAAG